UUCUUGGACAACCUAGAAAAAAUCGGCUUGCAAAUGGAAAGAGAAACUAUAUCAGAUGGAAAAAAAUUGACACAUUUCAUCAAGUUGCACAUACCAUGGGAUGUGCUCUGCCUGCACGCCGAAGAUCUUCUGCUGCACGCUCCCUUGCAGGUCCAACCAGGAACUAGCAACAAUGGAUCCGAAGAGUUCCUCUCAAUGAUUCACGUACCUAAUCUCAUGUCACUCCAGGUUCCCAACCAACCACAGCAAUAUUAUAUGUGUCAGUUCAAAAGGUCAAAGCUACAUAGAUUUAUAGGCGGUGACAACCAAGAAACAUUUUUCAAAGAGCGAGACAGGUCCCGAGUGGCUUACGAGAUUCUCAGCAAGACGACUUACGGUCGUAAGAAGAAAGCCGAAGUGGGAGUUGAUAGGAUGGUCGAGGAUGAUGUCUUCACCGCUGCUUUCCCGUUACAUUCGGGGGUUUAUGAGUUACCCCAAGAAAUCGAGAAACCCGAAACUCUGAACCCGCGGCAAAUUCUCUUUGAGUAUUGGGCCAAAUGGGGACGAUGGUACAAAUAUCAACCCCUAAAUCAUAUUCGAGAAUAUUUUGGGGAAAAAAUUGGGAUCUAUUUUGCCUGGCUCGGAUUUUAUACCGCUUGGUUGUUACCGGCGUCAAUUGUUGGAGUCAUCAUCUUCGUCUAUGGCAUAUCUACGAUGAGCACCAACACAGCAGCGAAAGAGACAUGUUCUUCCGGAAGUACGUACAAAAUGUGCCCACUCUGUAGCACCCAAUCCGGAUGUCAAUUUUGGCUUCUGUCGGAUAUCUGCAUGUUCAAGAAGCUUUCCUAUCUAUUCGAUAAUCCUGGGACCGUAUUCUUCUCGAUUUUUAUGUCUUUUUGGGCGGUUUCAUUUCUGGAAUAUUGGAAGAGAAAAACUGCCGAUCUAGCCUACAAUUGGGAUUGCCUGGAUUUUGAAGACGAAGAAGAAAGGCCGAGGGCAGAGUACGUAGCCAAAUGUAGUACAUACGAGACCAACCCGAUAACGGGAAUCAAGGAACCUUACUUUCCGAAACGGGACCGAAUUCCGAGAAUCGUGUCUGGAUUGGGAGUCGUCAUUAUGAUGGCAAUGAUGAUCUUCAUCAUAGCGGUGAUAAUGUACAGGGUAUUGAUAGUAAUGAUACUGAUAAAGUUGCCAAACGAUGGAAUUCUCCACCAGCAGGCAAACUUAUUUGCCAGUGUUUCUGCUUCGUUUGUCAAUCUCAUCAUCAUCCUAGCCCUCAGUAAAGUUUACGAAAGAUUAGCUAAGAAAAUAACGCAAUGGGAAAUGCACAGGACUCAGACGGACUUUGAGAACCAGCUAACAUUCAAGGUCUUCAUCUUCCAGUUCGUCAACUUGUACUCCUCGAUCAUCUACAUCGGAUUCGUUAAAGGAAAAUUUGUCGGCUAUCCUGGUAACUACAGUAUGAUGUUAGGAUUGAGAAUGGAAGAGUGCCAAAAUGGCGAAUGUCUGAUUGAGCUAGCGCUUAAUUUGGGCGUAGUGAUGGUUGGUAAGCAGAUAAUUAACAAUGUCCAGGAAGUUGUCAUACCCAAACUGAAAGGAGUAUAUCACAAAUGGAAAAUUGGAAAGAUAGUGGAUAACAAGGUGAAGACCCGCUGGGAAGAAGAUUACGAACUGAUCGCGAACGAAGGCUUAUUUGAAGAGUAUCUAGAGAUGGUGAUGCAGUUUGGUUUCAUAACGAUAUUUGUCGCCGCCUUUCCGAUCGCACCCUUGUUCGCCCUCCUCAACAACUGGCUGGAAAUCAGGCUGGAUGCCCACAAGUUCGUUUGCGAGACCAGAAGGCCCGUGGCCGAAAGGUGCCAGGACAUCGGGGUCUGGUUCCAGAUUCUGGACGCCCUGGCGCAGCUUGCGGUUAUCAGCAAUGCAUUUUUAAUAGCAUUCACGUCUGAGUUUCUGCCCAAACUGCUCUACUCGUAUCAGCACGGCAAUAAGCUGGAUGGCUAUGUUAAUUUCACGCUGACCUGGGCGCCCAAUAACACCAUGUCUGAACCAUGCAGGUAUCGAGAUUUUAGAGAUGUAGAAGGCAAUCGGACGCAAUUCUAUUGGCAGCUGAUGUGCGUAAGACUGGCGUUCAUCAUCGUAUUCGAGCACGUUGUGUUCGGCAUUUGCCGGUUGAUAGAUAUCAUGGUCCCGGACAUUCCCGAAUCUCUGGAUAUAAAAAUCAGAAGAGAGCACUUUUUAGCCAAGCAAGCUCUGGCAGAUGCCCAAACUGUGAGUAACAAUUUUUUAAUUUUUUUUAUUUUUCCGAUCUGUUGA